GAGAGAGUUCGCCUCGUAACUCAAUUUAGACAUCGUUUCCGUUCUGCCAACAAACAGUAAUAAGAAAAUUUUACACUUGGUCUCUCUUGCUGCAAUGGAAGGAAGAAGCGGCUUCUCGCGCACUGGGAACGAGAGAUAGCCUCCAGGGAUAUAUUUCCUUCAUAUAGUAGUAAGGAAGUGUCCCCCCUGGCUGCUCAGUUUCUCCGAUUACAAAAAGAUCAACUCGUGCAGUGAAAUUCAGAUUGUGGGCAGUUUUGAUGACUUGAAAUGGCGGAGAAUUGUGAAAAUGGCGAAGCGGAGCUCGGCUUGUCUUGGGCAGUGAAAGUUCUUGAUGCAAGCAAAGAUGGAGAGGUCGUGAAAUUCACGAUACAAACAAACAUGGGUCAUGAGGGUGAAGAGGAGAAAGGAGUAAUAGUUCUUCGUCAAUAUGAAGAUUUAGAGUGGCUGUAUCACUGUUUAAUAGCACACAACAGUGUGGAUGGAGUUGUUAUACCACCAUUACCUCCAAAGCCAGUUACUACAGUCAGUGCUGCUGAAGCCAAGUCUAAAAGGCAGUUAGGAAAAGAUGCCAAGAAUAUGGUGGCAGAUGAAUUUUCAAGGGAGUGCCGUAACAUGGAGAAGUUUCUUCAGCUUGUUGUUUCGCACCCUGCUUUCUCAAAGGAUGAGGAUUUGCAAAAAUUCCUCAAAGAGGAAAAUCCACCAGUAAGAACCAAAGUGAAAAAAGGUGUAAUGGAGAGUAUAUCACGGGCCGUUGGUGACUUUCGGCAUCAUAACCACAAGGACCUUGAUGAAGAAUUCCAGAAAAAGAGAGAUUUUGUAGAGCAGUACACACCACUUACAAAGGAAACCUUUGUGAACUUCACUAAAAUGGUUCACAGCCAACAGCGUAAGUGUCUGGUUCUGCCAAGAAAUGAGACAUUUUGUCAACCAACAGCAGAGAUCCGAUUGAAUUUUGACACUUUUUCAAGCUCACUCAAUGGUGUUAAGGAAUCGUUUGAUGUUAUGUCAACGAAUGAUGACAAUACUCUAGGAUUCACUUUGGAACUUUACUCUAGAUACAUGGAAGCGGCCAAGGAGAUGCUUUUCCGUCGAACUUGUAAGCUGGUGGAAUUUGAGAAUGCUACGAAGGCUCUGGAAAAAGCCAAACCAAAGAAUCAAGAAGCGCUCCAAAAAGCCAAGGAAGACGCGGAAGAAGCAUACAAUGCAAUAUCAGAAAUUGCUAACAAAGAGAUGACUCGCUACAACAGGCAAAGGGUGUUGAGCCUGCAGGCAAGUCUUGUCCAGUACGCUGAAUCGCGGUUAAAGAACGGAAGAGAUACGUACGCCAUAUUAGCCAAACUAAUGAAUGACUUGAAGAAGUCUUCCUAAUUCACCACAAAAUGAAGUAAAUGUCUCAAACUUUGUGGGAAGUUAUACUUUUUUUACUCCUUUUUUAAGAAAAAUGUCAAACCUCGCAUGAAUAUAUAUGUUACGAAUGAAGUGCAUUCAAGAAUACAAGUGAUAUUAAUGUAAAAUGAAAAUUUAAGGAGAAUCGCAUUGCGUGGACUUCAAAUGAAACGCCAGUCUGCCAUAAUCACUUCGUUUCCAUUGUUUGGAGUAACAGUUGCUAAAAGUAUCACUUAGGAGAUAAUAAGUGAUGUUAGAAUUUUGGAAUAUUGAUAAUAGCCUUGAAUUAUCAAGAUUAAGGUACAGUUAUCCAGAGCAGAUAGUCCUUUUAUUCAAAUUCAAAAAUUUCAAUCUGUUGGGUUGGAUAAUUAAGAGCAUUAAAGUUUCCUUGCAAUUUAAAAGUAUAUAUAUAUCUAUCUAUCUGGCUUUGAUGUAUGCCUUCCUGAUCUCAUUCAAACGUUAAUCCAGAGACUCGUGUUUCUAGAAAUUAGAAAUGAAUUUUUUUCAAAUCGAGAAUGUCCCUUGUACCGUUCAUUUUUAAAGAAAUUAAACCAGUUAUUAACAUG